AGUAUAUUUGCUCGCCUCAAAGAAUUAGCACUUAUUACAAAAAUAUUUCGCAGAUAUUAAAAAGUUUAAUUUGAAAAGUUUUUGUGCUAAGCUUUUACUGAUAAUAAGGAUUUAAAUAAAUAUUAUAAUUUUAUUUAGUCGGUCAUCAUCAUGAAAUUCGUGCAUUUUAUCGUGGUCUCGGCCUUUAUUGUUGGCUGUUCAAGCCAAAGGUCACCCUAUGCUGGUUUACGUCCUAUAGGCUUCCCUGUCGUAGAGGCCACAACUUUAGCGAGCACUUUGGGGAACAGGUUUGGGGAAACAACAACUACUCAGCGUUUACCUCUAGAGGCUUUGGGAGACAGAGGGCUGGUAAAUCGUUUAGGUCAACUUCCACAAGACAAACAACCUUUCUGGUUCCUUAACUGGUCAGCAUUAGAAGAAAACAGAAAAAAACCUCAAACGUAUCCACAGAGACCGAACACGUUUUCGGAGAGUAUCUUCAGGGAAAUGUCUGAGAUAUCAUUUAGAAGUAAUGCUAAUCAGAAUACUGGAAGUCAAAACAAUGCAAACUUGAAUAAUAUAAAUCUACAAGAAGCUACAACAACUCCAAUGGAUAUAAAUUCACAGAAUCCGAAGGUGUUUUCUAAAAAUAAUUCAGGGAAUACUAUUUCUGCUUCACCUCAAGCUCAAUCUUUUGAAAAUUCGCCAGCUGGUAGAUGAAGAAUUUCGGCCCUAAAUUAGAAUUUACAAAACUCUACCAGAAAUAUUCCUUCAUAGUGUAUUUAAGUCCAAAACCACGACGCAACUAUUUUCUUUAACUUUACGCUCUAGAAUUCUUAUAAAAUUAAUAAAUGACAUUAGAAUCGUCUCUUGCGGUUUUUUGUGAGAACCAGAAAGCCUUAAAAGUUUGCAAAUGUAUAUGACAAAACAUUUUACCCUCGUUUACUCCGAAUAUGUAAAAUUCCAUUUUAACAUUGUGUUUUUUUUUUCUUUUGUUUCUUUAAACGUUACAGAAAAUCAUUGAAAUUAUUUAUUAAUAUUAAAAUGUUUAUUUUCAUUAUUCAUUUUAGUUUUAUAAUAUGAUACACUUGUUAAAUAUAUAAAAUAUUGCUGCUUAUUGUGGUUCUUUUAAAAUUUAAUAAAAUUCAAUAUUGGUGCGGCAGCCUUAUAGCUGCAGUCAUUAUGCUCUCGGGCUCUCGACACAGAAAAUUUCUUAGAUCUCGUAAAAUGCUAUUCUCAAAUGUAUAACCCUUUCUACGGCGUAAGUCCUGCCCAAUUUAGCGGGACCAUUUUCUAAUUUCAAAGACUUUUCUUGGAAAUAUUAAUUUUUCAAUGUUAUAAAUUUAAUUUUUUAUUUGAAAUUUGCAAGACAUAUCAUAACGUAUAUUAAGAAACACUUUAAAAUGUUACUUGCUCGCCUAUUAUUUGUUUUAAAAUGUUAAUUUUAAAAUUAGUUAUUGAAAUCAUUUUCCGAAUUAUAAUCACCUUAUUAAUGAGGUGACAGACCAUGUUCAUUAUAUUUGUACAGACCCCGUUCUAAAACUAAGGUAACGGUAAAUUGCACUUGCUUUGCUAAUAUUAUCUAUCAAUCGACAUGCAAUCGUCCGAUAAACCUCAUACUAACAAAAUGGUUGCGGUUGAUUAGCUGCUCACAUAAGCAAAUGCGGUUCGGUAUUGGUUUGCUGAAAUUCAGUUAUCAUAUCACAUGUAAAUAUUUGUUUAGUAUAAUUUUCUAUAAUAGUAUUAAUUUCGUUCAUUUUAUAUUUAUUAAAACAAGAUUUCAUUAUAUGGAUUUGAUGUUUAUAGAGUUUAUUUAUUGUUUUUUUUUAAAUAAUUCAACGGCAAAGUAGGCGAAUAAUUUUUGUAGCUUGUUUAAAUUAUAAAUACAAUCCUAAUCAUAAAGGAUUUGCUUGUUAAAGUAUCGUUUUAUGAAGGUUUUUGCAUGUUCAAGUUUAGUGUAAGUUAUCAAACCUGUUCGUCAUAGUACAUCAUAGGAUGUGGUAAAACAAAAUUUAUUAUUCACAUACGUAUCUGAUCAAAGAUGGAGCAAGAAAUUUCAAAAUGCAUCCUACCUACAAGUAAACUACAAUUAAUAAAGUAAAUUUCUUCUUCUUAAACUUACAUGAAGUUUGACUCGCUCAGGCCAUAAGGUUUGUUUAAUGAAAUAAAAAUAGUAAUUACUCUCAUCACUUCAUUCUCUUGCUAUUUAUAUUCACAAUAAUGCUCACAAAAUUCAUAACGUACUCAUAAUAUCAGUCGUUCGUGUGUGAUAAAAUGAAUUUUAAUACUUUAAACAUUCUUAUCCCCAUAAAACAUGCUUAUUUUAUUCUCAAUACAUACUUACAAAAUAAAAAUUACUUUAUUUUUUAAUGAAUUAAAAUUUUUAAGUUAAUUAAAUAAUCAAUGUAAAGACAUUGAUAUUUUAAAUAUAAUAUACAUUUUAAAAUUAUACAAGAUUUUAUACAAUAGUAAUUAAACUUAAAACGCAAUACUUCCAGUUCACUGGUUUCUGUCUCUGGAAUCGCCUAUCAAAUUUGGAACAAUUGAUUAUUUUCGACAUAAUCGAUUCUUGUAACAGUAAUUAAUUCCUAGUAAUUGCUUUUAUGACAUGGAAAAAGAGCUCCUUGAAAGUCCUCAAUAAAAUUUAUAUUUUGAA